UAGAAGAGGAAGUUCCGCACGAAAAGGAUACGCCGGGAAAACAAGAUGUGCAGCAUCGUUGAGGACGAUUUUGGGGACGAUGGAGGAGUGCACGCGAUGAAGGAGGAUACGCCCCAGCCGCAACUAGUGGAGAAUGAACUGUGUCGCAAGUGUAACGUGGAGGAGGCCGUGCUGAAGUUGGACCACAAAGAACCGCAGUGCCGGAUGUGUUUUCUCAGCUACGUUCGCCACAAAUUCCGGGCUUCGCUGGGAUCAUCCAAGAUCGUCCGCCGUGGAUCGCGUGUCCUGAUUAUCCUGACCGGGACCCCGGAAAAUGUGGCUCUGCUGGACAUGGUGCGCUUCGGGUUGGAACAGGAUGCGUUCAAACAGUUGCGAAUCGAACCGGUGCUGCUAUUCGUAGACGACGAUUUUCUGAGCAAAACACCUCCGGAAAGGCAGGAGAAACUGGCCAACUUGCAGGACAUUUUGAGGCAAUUCAGUUUCCCAACACAUUACACCGUUAGUGGAAGCACGAAAGUCGUGGAGUGGCCAUCCGACGGUGCCUUUACGCCUCCGGAAACGUUCUCGUCGGAGGAGGAUCGACUGAGGGAGAUCAUCAACGGCACUCGAUCCGUUACGUCGAAGCAAGAUCUGCUGGAGCAGGUCCGUAAGCGGACCUACCAGGCGGUUGCACGGACGCUGCAGUGCAAUUACGUCUUUCUGUCGGACAUCGGGAUCGAUCUGGCUAAAACCCUGCUGUCUCACGUGGCCCUAGGCAGAGGAUGUUCCAUCGCACAGGAUGUUGCCUUUUGUGACGAUCGGAACGGAACGGUCAAGCUUAUCCGGCCCAUCCGAGAUCUGAAUCCGGACGAAAUCACGCAAUACCUCAAAUUGGCCGAAAAACAACACAAUACACUCGCCCGAGUGGAUCACUUUGCGGACAGACCCAGCUUACAAAACCUCACGGCCAAGUUUAUCGACAAUUUGCAGGAAAGUUUUCCUUCUACGGUUUCGACGAUCUAUCGCACCGGAGACAAGCUGGAUGCUCUUAAACCGUGCCACAAUAGCAGAGCAGAAGUCUCCACCGAAGGGGACAUUCUAGGGCUUUUCCAAAAGAAGAAACCAGCCAUUCCUCGGGGUGGUGGCGAUCCGGAGCAAUGUGUUUUCUGUGGAGCUGUGCUCGACUAUCGAGGAUCGAAAACGCUAUAUGCAACCGAAUACUCCCGGUUGGUGUCUUCCCGAGUAAAUGCCUCCUGUAGUCACGAGGAUAUCCUCGUUAAAUCGAAGCAAAUGGAGCUCGAUGCGGCGCGAAUGGUGAACGGCGAGGACGAAAAUGAGUUGAGCCAACUCAAGAAGAAUCUUUGUCACGGGUGUAGGAACAUUUUAGUGGACCAGGAGCAAUAGCAUCGAUCGGAAUGCAUGGAACGGAUU